AUGCCAUGGUUUGCAUCUGUGCAAAACGACGAGAAUAAGUGGUGUUUGGCGAAAGGAUGGAGUCAAUUUGUGAAGGACAUGAAGAUUGAGGAGGGAGACUUUUUGUUGUUUGAAUAUUUUAUUCUAGGGUUUUUCGAUGUGAAAGUAUUUGACCCUUAUGGGAUAGAAAAGGUUAUAGAAAAAGAUUCAUGGGAGAUUACUGAUAAGGACAAUAAGACUGCUGAUGAAUGUAACAGUAAAAGAAAGGUAAGAUGUUCGAAAAAUAUUGAUGAAGAAGGGGAUUAUUACGGAAAAUGGGAUCAUUAUUUUUAUGAUGAAGAUGACGCAGCAAAAGUUCACGAGCAAACCAAGAAGGAUGUUUGUGUGCCGGAAGAUAAUGUUCAAGUGACUGAAGAAGGUCAGGAAGUCAAUGAAGUGGCCGAGGGACACGUGCCCGAAGGUAGUGGUGAAAUGAUUGAAGAAGAUAUUGAAGUCGAUGAAGAAAGCAAUGAAUAUGAGCCUAGCAAUGAUGUUGAAGUGACUGAUGAAUCUCUGCCUGUUGAUAGUGUUGAAAUGACCGAAGAAAUUCUUGAAGCAAUUGAAGAUGCUAAUGUUCAAAACAUGGAUGAGACUUUAGAAAGAACAGUAAGAACAAGAGAUCAGCAAGAUUCACAAAGAAGAUCCACGGACCUGAUUUCACUGCGCUACGGGAUAGACAUUUUCAGGUCUGGUCUAGCUUCACAACCUCAAAACCCUUACUUUGUCACCGGAAUAAUGGAUAAACGGAAGGGCAAUUUGUUUGUUCCCAAAGAUGUAGUGAAAGAUAAUCAUGAUAUAGAUUUUUCGAAAAAGGCGUAUUUCAUAGAUCCAACGGGAAAGAGAUUGGUGGCAAAAUGUAAAAAAUGGAAGGAUGGAAGGGUCGCAAUAUCAGGAGGAUGGAGAAAACUAUGCAACUUGAACUUUAUAGAGAAAGGUGAUAGAUGCAUUUGCGAGCUCGUGGAGGGAGAAGACGAGCUAGCCAUCCAUGUUACUGUUGUUCGUGGCAAUGAUAUUCGAGGAUAA